AUGUCCUGCGUAUAAACUAUGAUAUGUACUUGUGUAGGCCACCAUCACACCCACUCCUCGAGCUCAACAUUGAUUUCAAUCUCAUUUUACAGUCUUCUCUCCCAACCAGGGGAGAAUGGAGCAUGAGGGUUGCUAUCAGCAUGUUUCAGAGCCAAAAUAUGAAUGCCUUCUUUUUGAUGUUGAUGAUACCCUUUACCCUUUUAGUUCCGGUAUAUCAGCACAAUGCACCUUGAACAUAAAUGAAUAUAUGAUUCAAACGCUUGGCAUUGAGGCUACAAAAGUUCCAGGAAUGUGUGUGCAACUUUAUAAGGACUAUGGAACAACAAUGGCUGGUCUGAGGGCUAUUGGCUAUGACUUCGAUUACGAUGAAUACCAUAGCUUUGUGCAUGGACGGUUGCCUUACGAGCUCUUAAAGCCAGAUCCUAUCUUGAAGAAUCUUUUACAUAGCUUGCCUGUUCGAAAAGUUAUAUUCUCAAAUGCAAAUGAAGCCCAUGUGGCUAAAGUUCUAAGUAGAUUGGGUCUAGAGGGCUGCUUUGAUCAUAUUAUCUGCUUUGAGACUCUAAAUCCUGCUCGCACUAGUAGUGCAGAGGACCUGAGUGAUGUUUCAGGAUUCCCCAAGUCUCCAAUUGUAUGCAAACCAUUUGAAGAAGCCUUUGAAAAGGCUUUCAAAAUUGCUGAAAUUAACCCCAAGAGAACGCUGUUUUUCGACGACUCUAUCAGAAACCUGCAGACUGCCAAGCGCAUUGGUCUCAACACUGUCUGGGUUGGCGCCUCGCAUCUGACGGAGGGAGUGGAUUAUGCUCUAGAGAGUAUUCAUAAUGUGAAGGAGGCACUACCGGAGAUAUGGGAAGCCUCUCAAAAGUCUGAAGUUUGCUAUUCCGAGAAAACUCCUAUUGAAGUCCAAGCAUAGGUCGGUUUGCUCAAAAAACAAUCAUCGAAUUACUACGAAAUAAGGAUUCUUUCUUGUAUUGCAUUGUGCUAAUUUUGGGUUGUAGAUAUGAACCUGAUAUUUUCACGUGUUAAAGCUAUGUUAAACUAGUUAACAAUUGGCUGAAGUUUAAAGCAAAUGAGCUCAUUAUGAGUUUAUUAUGAUUUCAUGUUGUACUAUAACAACAAUAUGGUGACUGUAUUGAAUAUUUGAAUACCUCGAAUUAGAGGUGGAACCAUUACUAUAUGUUGAAUAAGUGGAAUGAUUACAGCAUUUUAAUUCAUGGGAGUAUUCUGGUUAUAG